AGAGGACUUUUUCCUGAGGGAGGAGUUGCAGAAACAUUCCUUAUUUGGAGAAGGCCUGGUCACAUGGGGGCAGAAUCUGAGCGAUAGAGAUGAGAGAGACGGAACAGGAGAGUACACAUCGAACUGUGCCGUGAGAUGUUGAGCGGGAAUAGAGACGUUGACUUUCUCAGGCUAGAGUCAAUGCAGUGAGGGGAUAAAAUGCCCACCAACUUCACUGUGGUCCCUGUGGAGGAUGGCGGGGCCGGGAAGUCAAGUCUCGAACGUGUGUUUAGGGAGGAAGAUAUUAUUCCACGACGACCCUACUCAGGAGAUAACACUCCCAGAGAGAGCAGCCCUUUCAUCAACAACACUGACCAUGACCGAGGAAACUACUACGAUGGCAAGAACAUGGCUCUCUUUGAGGAAGAGAUUGAGAGCAACCCCAUGGUGUCCUCUCUCCUCAACAAGCUGGCCAACUACACCAACCUCACCCAAGGUGUCACUGAGCACGAGGAGUACGAGAAUGAGGAGGGGGUCACAAAGAUUACAGUCAAGAGUUCUCAGAUGGGCACCUUCAUCGGUGUGUACCUGCCCUGCAUGCAGAACAUCCUGGGAGUCAUCCUCUUCCUGCGUCUCACCUGGAUCGUUGGCACCGCUGGCAUCAUGGAGUCCUUCGCUAUUGUCGUCAUGUGCUGCACCUGUACCAUGCUGACAGCGAUAUCAAUGAGCGCUAUUGCAACAAAUGGUGUAGUGCCAGCUGGAGGCUCCUACUACAUGAUCUCCAGGUCUUUGGGUCCAGAGUUUGGUGGGGCUGUGGGCUUGUGCUUCUACCUGGGCACCACGUUCGCUGGGUCCAUGUACAUUCUGGGUACCAUUGAAAUCCUACUGACGUACAUCGUGCCGAACACUGCAGUAUUUGUGGCGGAGAAGAAGGAGGACGAGACAGAGGCCAUGCUGAAUAACAUGCGUGUGUAUGGGACCUGCUGUCUGGCACUUAUGGCUCUAGUGGUGUUUGUGGGGGUCAAAUAUGUCAACAAGCUGGCCCUGGUCUUCCUGGCCUGUGUGGUGCUCUCCAUCAUGGCCAUCUAUGCUGGAGUCAUCAAGACCGUCAUAGAACCACCCGACUAUCCAAUCUGUCUCCUGGGGAACCGUUCCUUGCAGAACCACAACUUUGAGAAGUGUAUGAAGACGGAGGUGAUCAAGAACGUGACAUACACCACCGAGCUGUGGAAGCUGUUCUGUGGCAGCCCCCACCUCAACGCUACCUGUGAUGAAUAUUUUACCCUGAACAACGUGACUGAGAUCCAGGGCAUCCCAGGCCUGCUCAGCGGGGUCAUCAAAGACAACAUGUGGGGUGACUACGGGCCCAGUGGGAUGUUGGUAGAGAAGAAGAAUCAGUCGUCUGUCCCAGUCCAGGAUAACUCCAGAGAUAUCUACAAGCCUUACAUCUUCAACGACAUCUCCACCUUCUUCACUCUGCUGGUGGGAAUCUACUUCCCCUCUGUCACAGGAAUCAUGGCGGGCUCCAACAGAUCUGGAGACCUGCGAGAUGCCCAGAGAUCGAUUCCCAUCGGCACCAUCCUGGCCAUAGCAACCACUUCUUUUAUUUACAUGACCUGUGUGGUCCUAUUUGGUGCCUGUAUCGAGGGUGUCGUUUUGAGAGACAAAUUUGGGGACUCGGUUAAGAAGAACUUGGUGAUUGGAACUCUGGCAUGGCCUUCUCCGUGGGUGAUCGUGAUUGGCUCCUUCUUCUCCUGCUGUGGGGCAGGGCUGCAGAGCCUCACCGGCGCCCCUCGCCUGUUGCAAGCCAUAGCACGCGAUGGGAUCGUCCCCUUUCUGCAGGUGUUUGGUCAUGGUAAAGCCAAUGGGGAACCUACCUGGGCCCUCUUGAUGACUGUUGGUAUCUGUGAGAUUGGAAUCCUCAUUGCAUCACUGGAUGCUGUUGCCCCCAUUCUCUCAAUGUUUUUCCUGAUGUGCUACCUGUUUGUCAACCUAGCCUGUGCCGUCCAGACACUGCUACGCACUCCCAACUGGAGGCCCAGGUUUAAGUUUUACCACUGGACUCUGUCAUUCCUGGGGAUGAGUCUCUGUCUCUCCCUCAUGUUCAUCUCCUCCUGGUACUAUGCCCUGGUAGCCAUGUCCAUCGCAGGAUGCAUCUAUAAGUACAUUGAGUACAGAGGGGCAGAGAAGGAGUGGGGAGACGGGAUCAGAGGUCUGUCCCUGAACGCUGCUCGCUACGCUCUGAUCCGCCUGGAGGAAGUGCCAACACACACUAAGAACUGGAGGCCUCAGCUACUGGUGCUACUGAAGCUGGAUUCAGACCUGGGGGUGAAACACCCUCGUCUGCUGUCCUUCACCACCCAGCUGAAGGCAGGGAAAGGCCUGACCAUCGUCAGCUCUGUGCUGGAGGGCACCUACAUGACCCUGGGGGCCGAGACCAAGAGCGCAGAGCAGAACGUUAAGUCGGCCAUGCACGUGGAGCGUACCAAAGGUUUCUGCCACGUGGUGGUGUCCUCUAACCUGCGGGAUGGUUUCUCCCACCUGAUCCAGUCGGCAGGGCUGGGGGGCAUGAAACACAACGCCGUUCUCAUGGCCUGGCCUGGGGGCUGGAAACAGGCUGAGGACUCCUACGCCUGGAAGAACUUCAUUGAGACGGUGAGAGAGACUACGUCAGCCCAUCAGGCCCUGCUGGUUGCUAAGAACAUUGACAAGUUCCCCUGCAACCAGGACCGUCUGGGGGAGGGCACCAUAGACGUGUGGUGGAUUGUUCAUGAUGGAGGUCUUCUCAUGCUGCUGCCUUUCUUACUGCGCCAACACAAGGUGUGGAGAAAGUGUAAGAUGCGUAUCUUCACAGUGGCUCAGAUGGAUGACAACAGUAUUCAGAUGAAGAAGGACCUGCAGAUGUUCCUGUAUCACCUCCGUCUCAACGCUGUAGUGGAGGUGGUGGAGAUGCACGAUAGUGACAUUGCAGCCUUCACCUAUGAGAAGACCCUGGUGAUGGAGCAGCGCUCUCAGAUGCUGAAACAGAUGCAGCUGUCCAGAACCGAGCGAGAGAGAGAGAUUCAGAGCAUCACAGACGAGUCACGUAACUCCAUCGAGAAGAAGAAGUCAUCCAUGGUGGAGACACUACAGGUCCCAAGUCUGUCCAUAUCCAUGGACAUACGGGAGGAUGAGGAGUCUCAGCUCAUCACUAAACUGGGCACUAAGUCCCACGCCAACCUCAGUGACACAGCUACCGCCACGCCCGACCACCAUGUCCACAUGACCUGGACCAAAGACAAGCUGAUCGCCGAGAGGAACCGUAAACGCGGUGAGCCGAACGUGGGCGUGAAGGACCUCUUCAAUAUGAAACCAGAGUGGGAGAGUCUGAACCAGUCUAACGUGAGGAGGAUGCACACCGCUGUCAAGUUGAAUGAGGUUGUGGUCAACAAAUCCCAGGGAGCUCAGCUGGUGCUGCUGAACAUGCCUGGACCGCCCAAAAACAAGGGUGGUGACGAAAAUUACAUGGAGUUUCUGGAGGUUCUUAUGGAUGGACUGGACCGUGUGCUGCUGGUACGUGGCGGAGGCAGGGAGGUGAUAACAAUCUAUUCCUAGCGCCAACAGACACGGGCGGGUAUGGUGCAGCCUCAGAGAAUCCGGCGAGGUCAUCCGGACAAAUGGCUGGGCCUCAGCCUCCACCACAGUGCCAGGAGAGGAGUGGGUCGCCUCUAUACUGUAAUAUGGGAGGACAGUAGGGGGCUGCCUCCACACGCGGAGCAGACUAAACACACACUGCUGCUGACUGGAGGACAACAGUGGGCACUCUAGAUAAUCUUUCCAUUUCUUAUUGUCUUCCGUUCAGGUUUUCCAUGUCAGUCGUUAGGAAUAGGAAUUCUUUCAGUAGAACAAAGUGCAUAAGUAAUGAUAUUAGGAUGGAUAGAGAUGUCCUCGGAUGACAUGGCUCAGGACUCUUAAUGUAGUAUGGUCUAGCCUAGCUGACAUAGGAUGUAGCUUGUAAGUCCAGAUAGUAGACGGGUGUUUAAAUUCCAGGUUAGGCAGCCUACUGUGGUUGUGCUCUUGAGUGAGCCACUUGCCCUGUAGUGCACUACUUUUGACGAGAGCUCUUAUGAGCCCUGGUCAAAUGUAAUGCACUAUAUCGGGAGUAGGGUGCCAUUUGGCAGAACUGGCCUUAGGCAUAAGCGGUCGCGUAGUGCCCCACAGCCUCUUGUGAACAAAAAGGGAACUUAGUCGGGUCUCAACUUUCUGUUAUACACAAGGUGAAAUUUAAAAAUUUGGUUGUGCUUCAUUAUUUCAGUCAUAGACCGUCACUCGGUAAACAAUGUCAGCCAAAAGAAAUGUUACUUAUUUUUGUCAAUAUAUAUUUUCUUUUACGGGGUAGAUCAGCUUUAAUAUUGCAGAUAGAUUGUGGCUUCCAAACUCCCAUAUAUUUUUAUAUAUAUUAUACAGUACCAGUCAAAAGUUUGGACACGCCUACUCAUUCCAGGGUUUUUCUUUAUACACUGCUCAAAAAAAUAAAGGGAACACUUAAACAACACAAUGUAACUCCAAGUCAAUCACACUUCUGUGAAAUCAAACUGUCCACUUAGGAAGCAACACUGAUUGACAAUAAAUGUCACAUGCUGUUGUGCAAAUGGAAUAGACAAAAGGUGGAAAUUAUAGGCAAUUAGCAAGACACCCCCAAUAAAAGAGUGGUUCUGCAGGUGGUGACCACAGACCACUGCUCAGUUCCUAUGCUUCCUGGCUGAUGUUUUGGUCACUUUUGAAUGCUGGCGGUGCUUUCACUCUAGUGGUAGCAUGAGACGGAGUCUACAACCCACACAAGUGGCUCAGGUAGUGCAGCUCAUCCAGGAUGGCACAUCAAUGCGGGCUGUGGCAAAAAGGUUGGCUGUGUCUGUCAGCGUAGUGUCCAGAGCAUGGAGGAGCUACCAGGAGACAGGCCAGUACAUCAGGAGACGUGGAGGGGGCCGUAGGAGGGCAACAACCCAGCAGCAGGACCGCUACCUCCGCCUUUGUGCAAGGAUGUGCACUGCCAGAGCCCUGCAAAAUGACCUCCAGCAGGCCACAAAUGUGCCUUGCCUUCAGGUAACCUUCCACAAGCUUCCCACAUUAGGUUGGGUGAGUUUUGGCCCAUUCCUCCUGACAGCUGGUGUAACUGAGUCAGGUUUGUAGGCCUCCUUGCUCGCACACGCUUUUUCAGUUCUGCCCACACAUUUUCUAUAGGAUUGAGGUCAGGGCUUUGUGGUGGCCAAUCCAAUAACGUUGUUGUCCUUGAGCCAUUUUGCCACAACUUUGGAAGUAUGCUUGGGGUCAUUGUCCAUUUGGAAGACCCAUUUGCGACCAAGCUUCAACUUCCUGACUGAUGUCUUGAGAUGUUGCUUCAAUAUAUCCACAUACAUUUUCCUACCUCAUGCUGCCAUCUAUUUUGUGAAGUGCACCAGUCCCUCCUGCAGCAAAGCACCCCCACAACAUGAUGCUGCCACCUGUGUGCUUCAUGGUUGGGAUGGUGUUCUUUGACUUGCAAGCCUCCCCCUUUUUCCUCCAAAUAUAACAAUGGUCAUUAUGGCCAAACUGUUCUAUUUUUGUUUCAUCAGCGCAGAGGACAUUUCUCCAAGAAGUACCAUCUUUGUCCGCAUGUGCAGUUGCAAACUGUAGUCUGGUUCUUUUAUGGCGGUUUUGGAGCAGUGGCUUCUUUCUUGCUGAGCGGCCUUUCAGAUUAUGUCGAUAUAGGACUCGUUUUACUGUGGAUAUAGAUACUUUUGUACCGGUUUCCUCCAGCAUCUUCACAAGGUCCUUUGCUGUUGUUCUGGGAUUGAUUUGCACUUUUCGCACCAAAGUACGUUCAUCUCUAGGAGACAGAACGCGUCUCCUUCCUGAGUGGUAUGAUGGCUGCGUGGUCCCAUGGUGUUUAUACUUGCGCAUUAUUGUUUGUACAGAUGAGCGUGGUACCUUCAGGCGUUUGGAAAAUGUUCCCAAGGAUGAACCAGACUUAUGGAGGUCUACAAUUUAUUUUCUGAGGUCUUGGCUGAUUUCUUUAGAUUUUUCCAUGAUGUCAAGCAAAGAGACACUGAGUUUGAAGGUAAGCCUUGAAAUACAUCCACAGGUACACCUCCAAUUAACUCAAAUUAUGUCAAUUAGCAUAUCAGAAGCUUCUAAAGCCAUGACAUAAUUUUCUGGAAUUUUCCAAGCUGUUUAAAGGCACAGUAUACUUAGUGUAUGUAAACUUCUGACCCACUGGAAUUGUGAUACAGUGAAUUUUAAGUGUUAUUAUCUGUCUGUAAACAAUUGUUAGAAAAAUUACUCGUGUCAUGCACCAAUUAGAUGUCCUAACCGACUUGCCAAAACUAUUGUUUGUUAACAAGAAAUUUCUGGGAUGGUUGAAAAACGAGUUUUAAUGACUCCAACCUAAGUGUAUGUAAACUUCUGACUUCAACUAUAUGUAUGUAUGUAAUUUUUUUAAAUUUUUAUUCAGCUAACCUCAAUCCCUCACAUCUAUCUCUGAAGACCAUCCAGUUUGAUUUCUAUUUGCCAUAUAUUUUUAACUGUGCUGUUUCACAAAGGUUAUGAACCUAUGUACAUUUUGCGGACACAGUAUAUUUUACAUGAGUUAUCUUGUUAUUUUUAGACCCACCCUUCAGCUCCACUCAACCCUUUCCAUAUAUCUCUGAACACCAUCCAGUUUCUAUUUGCCAUAUAUUUUCAGCUGUGAUGUUUCACAAAAGUUCUGAAAUGUUCUAUUAUUAUAGUUUCUACAAAUUGUAAAUUAAAGAUAGACAUUUUUGCUAAGUAUUAUUGAUCGAUUGGCUAUGACUUUUCAAAUUAGCUAGCAGUGCUAUUUGUAGUUAGCUCCAGGUAAAUGUUGCAAUUCAAGAGCCAUCCCUGAACCUGCGACCAAAAACAAGAUACAUAUUGACAGCACCAAAACAAAUGAUCUAAUGAUUCUCUUUGCAGCAAAAUGUGCAGACCUGGGACGGUUGUAUCCCCCCCAUAUAUAUAACGUUCUAUUGGUUGCAAGAUUUUUGUAUAAUCAUUUUAAUUGAAAAAAUGUUGAAUCCGGAAUUGUUUUGUGUAUCAGUUCAUAAACCAUGUGCCAUGAAAUUGGUACAUCAAAAAUAUCUUCCCGACUACUUUGCAGUCUGUAUGGCACAGCUGUCAAUUUUUGGGAUCUUAAAUGAAACUGGUAUACUUUUUUAUUUAUUACAAUUUUCUUUAACCAAUUUUGAUCUUUAAUGAAGUUCCUUACUUUCUCCCCUUUCCACAUGCCUCUUCCAUUUUUGCGGUAAUGCUGCAAUUAGUUGGUUGUACAGCAGACAUUUCCAUAUAUUUUUGUUAGCUGCAUGUGUGACUCCACCAGUCCUAUUUAUGAUAUCAUUUUUUGUUUUUUUAUCAAUCAGUAUAUUUGAGUUUAACCAUAAUAUUUGUUGUCAUAUUUGUUCUGUCUUUUCUAGUGGAUUAAACUGAAAUUGCAACCAACCUUCUAUGGCUCGUUUUAAAAAAUAUUGAUUUCUUUUCUCUUUGGAGAUGAUUCUAUUUUCAAAUAACCGAAAGUUAGAGGUUGUAAUCUGAAUAAAGGGGAAAAGGCUAUUGAACAUGGGGUGAGACAUUCUUACGAAUCUGCUUGAGAACCAGUUUUAAGUAUAACUUUUGUAUGACUGAAGCCUUUAGUGAGGUCUAAUGCUUUAAUAUUUAAUAAUUUCUGCCCUCCAAAUUCAUAUGCAUUAUAUAAAUAGGCCUGUUUAAUUUAUCAGGCUUCCCAUUCCAAAUCAAAUGUAAUAUUUUUUGCUCAUAUAAUUUAAAAAACAAGUCGCAAGUGUAGGAAAGGCCAAACUGGGAUAUGACUAAAGAGUUAAUCAGGGUGAUUUUUGCACAAAGACAGGUACCUUUCCAUGGUAGCAAGAUCUUAUCUAUUUUUGCUAACUUUCUAUAAAAAUUUAUUGUAGUGAGAAUUUCUUUAUUUUGGGGAUAUGAGUAUUGAGUAUGUCCACUUCACCGUCAGACCAUUUUAUGGGUAAACUACACGGUAAUGUACACAGUAAAAGUUUUAUUUUCUCUACGCCCCAUGGCAAGAUGUGUAGAAUUGUAUGAAAUUAACUUUAAAACUUACAUUUCUCUCCGCCUUCAAGAAUAGGUCCACUAAAAUGUUUUGCCUGGGAGGUGGGGGGGGGGGGGGUGGUAUCCAAAUAUCGCUUAGGGCCCCCAAAAGGCUAGGGCCAGCCCUGCCAUUUGGGACAGUCUAUCAUUUAGGUGUUCUACAGAGAAUGAAUGAUACGUACAGGGUGUACAGUAUAUCCCAGUAACAUAGUGUCCAUGUCACAUUUAUCAGCACAGAAUGAUUUUUAAGUUGGCUAGUGCACUAUAGGCCAACUGCUCAGUAUGUCAUUAUUGUUUAUUUUUUCAAGUCAGUAAAUCAGGUGAUGUCUACUUCUACUCUUAACAUAUCACAGUGUAAUAGGAAACAGUUGAAUACCUUAUUUCUGUGAUGCUGUGUAUUGUUUUAGAGUCCAACUGUACUUGUACAUUUCAAUAGAAAUGCAGCCAUUGUGUGUAUUGAGAUCCUUAAAGUUUCUGGUAUUGAUUUAUUUAAUGUUGUACUCUAUCUACACUCUAUAGAUUUUGGAUGUGAAUUCAUGUACUGUAUUUCCCGGGGUAUACUGUAAACUAUUCUUUUGUCCCUGAUGAGUAUUGCAGGUAAACACAGGACUAUGGGGUCGACAUUGUUGCAACUACAUGGUCGUACUCUCCCCUAGUGGUUAUGCCUUAUCUAAAUGUGUUAUUGUCACGUUCCUGACCUGUUUCUGUUAGUUUUUGUAUGUGUUAGUUGGUCAGGACGUGAGUUUGGGUGGGCAGUCUAUGUUUUCUGUUUCUACGUUUGUUUAAGGGUUGCCUGGUAUGGCUCUCAAUUAGAGGCAGGUGUUUGGCGUUUCCUCUAAUUGAGAGUCAUAUUAAGGUAGGUGUUUUCACACUGUUUGUUGUGGGUGGUUGUCUCCUGUGUAUGUCGUUGCGCCACAUGGGACUGUUUCGGUUUUGUUUGUUUGUUCGUUUUAUGUAGGCAGUUUUUGUUCAUGCGUUCUUCGUGUUUCAUGUGAGUUCGUCGUUCAGGUCUGUCUACAUCGUUUAUUUGUUUUGUAAUUUUCCAAGUGUUUUUCGUGUUCGUCUUCGUUGUUAAAUAAAUAAAUAAUGUCAUAUUCAAACGCUGCGUUUUGGUCAAAUCCCUGCUCCUCCUCUUCGGAUGAAGAGGAGGAAGAAAGCCGUUACAGUUAUGCUUGUUUGAAUCCAAUGUUGUGAGGUUACAGUGUGUUUGAGGGAGCCUGAAUGUGUCUGCGAUCUGCACCAUAUGCAAUUUAGCAAGACAUACUGUAUGUCUUUUACAAUAUGAGUUAGCUGAAAAUGGAAGAACUAUAAGAAUAUGACAUGGUGUCUAAAUCCAUCAUUUUAAGAUGGAUGGUAGAUGAAUGCAAAGAUUGUUUGGCACUAUAAAAAAAAAUGAUAAUAUACAUUUGUUUGUGACGGUAUUGCAUGUUGCUGGCCUAUUAUAUACUGUAAUCCACCUCAUGGAAAUAGUGGGAGAUGCAAACAUGUCAGCCGAUUCUGCUCGCAUGUGUACUAAUAUGAGCCCUAUAGAUUCAGAUGGUUUAUAACGUGCCAAAGAUGAUUUGAAUAUCAGAAUGACCGAGUUCAUGAAUUUCAAUGUAAAGUUAUCAGUAGCAUAUUUAAUUUGAUAGUAUAGCUGGAGUACAUAUCUCUUAGACUCAUUUUAGUUCUCUACAUCAACAAUCGUUAGCAUAGUAUUUACCGUUUCCUUUCAUGUUCUUAAAGUUAAAGUAGACUCACCCCCCCCGAGCUUUUUUGUUUAAAUGUGUUGAGAAAAUGGACUGUUCAAAAAGAUUUGACUGAUGGGAAUUUUUUAUUUUAAAUUUAUGAAAAUCCUGAAAGUAAAUAAAAUGUCUUUACCAUUU